AAGGUUUUGUGACAGUAUUCGAUCGACUAGGGAGUUCACCAAUACCAAGAAAACGGAUUUCAGCAGCAUGCAUUGCGUCUUGGGGACAAAGAAUAAAUAACUCAUUCUCAAACAGUCUGACUGUAACUAGACGCAGACCUGAGCGUUUGAACUCUCCUUUGUGGUCUGCUGCAGAAGUGUUUCUCUCUGGUCCCAUGACGCCAGGGUUGUCAUCUGCUGCAGAUAUACAUAGCGACGCAGCGUCAUCUAGCCCAUCAUGUUGGAAAUGUGGAAAUACAAUACACCCCAGUGAUGAGAUUUUCUUCUGCAAAUGUGGAGUGAUAAUGGCACCAAGACCUAACAUGGAUCACUUUCAGUUGUUCAAUCUGGAAAAAAGCUUUAACUUGAAUGAAGAAAGUUUGUCUCAAAAAUUUAAAGAUUUACAACGCCAACUUCAUCCUGAUAAAUUUACUCAAAAGUCAGAGACAGAGCAGCAGUAUUCGGCUGAUCAGUCCAGCCAAGUGAACAAGGCAUACACAACACUGAUCAAGCCAUUAUCGCGAGGUCUUUACCUGCUAGAGCUUAGCGGAGAUCCGAUUGAUGAGACAACAGAUAACACAAAUCUGGAUCCAGACUUCCUCAUGGAAAUCAUGGAGAUUAACGAAGAUCUGGCAGAAACAGAUUCCAUGGAGAAAGUCAAUGCAAUCAGGAAACGCAAUCAGCAAGUCUUACAAAGACUUACAACUGAUAUAUCCAUGGCUUUUGACAAAGGGGACAUCUCAGAAGCAAGGAAAUUAUUGAUACAUUUAAAGUAUUAUGAUAACAUUGCCGGGAAAAUAAAAGAAUUGGAAAGGAAGGAAUUUGAAGAUUAGGGACAUGUUCUUGAAUACAUGACAUAUUCUGUGAACAUUACAAAUGUAUAUAUUGUGAUUUUACAAAUAUAUUUUAAUAUAGAUGUGUACCUACUGUCCACAGGGUACAUUCAUUUGAAAGAAAAAUGCUGAGAAUCCCUUUUACCUGUUGUAUUACCAGAGAUUUAUGGACUAGUUUAAGCCAUUUUUUUACCAUAAGAAGAAAGGUGGGAAGCUUUUAUGCACUUUUAUUUAUAAGGCCAUGCCAUAACAUCAGAAGAGACAUCACAUUUCACGAAUGUUAUAUCCAGGCAAUUCAGGCAGUAUACAUAUAUAUCCUGAUGAUAAUAGAUGGUAAUGUGGAAUUGUUAUAUCCAGGCAAUUCAGGCAGUAUACAUAUAUAUCCUGAUGAUAAUAGAUGGUAAUGUGGAAUUGUUAUAUCCAGGCAAUUCAGGCAGUAUACAUAUAUAUCCUGAUGAUAAUAGAUGGUAAUGUGGAAUUGUUAUAUCCAGGCAAUUCAGGCAGUAUACAUAUAUAUCCCGAUGAUAAUAGAUGGUAAUGUGGAAUUUUUAGCUGAAUCAUCCGUCAGAGAAUAAAUUCCUAGAUCAUAAACCACAGAUUCUGGAUAUGAGGCAUAUUGUUUUAUGUGUCUAAUUUUGUGAUCAAGCAGCAAAUAGUUCAGUAAAGUUUAC